AUGACGAGCACCAGCAAAACAUCUAAAUUUAAGGUGGUCCUGCUUGGAGAAGGCUGUGUUGGCAAAACGUCUAUUGUGUUGCGCUACUGUGAGAACAAGUUUAACGAGAAGCAUCUUAGCACGUUACAAGCUUCGUAUCUGGAGAAGAAAUUGAAUAUUGGUGGAAAAAGGAUUAAUUUGGCAAUUUGGGACACCGCAGGACAGGAAAGAUUUCAUGCACUCGGCCCCAUCUACUACAGGGAAAGUCAUGGAGCAAUAUUAGUUUAUGAUAUCACGGACGAAGAUUCCUUUAUGAAGGUAAAGAAAUGGGUUAAGGAACUAAGGAAGAUGUUGGGAAACGAAAUUUGUUUGUGUAUAGUCGGUAACAAGAUAGAUUUGGAAAAAGAUAGGACUGUGCAUGUAACCAGAGCGGAGGAUUACGCUCAGUCCGUUGGCGCUGUUCACUUCCAUACAUCUGCAAAGAUGAAUAAGGGGAUAGAAGAAGUAUUUCUUAAUUUAACAAAAAGAAUGCUGGCAGCGCAAGAUGAUAAUACAAAUACUGCAGGAAAGCAAGGUGGCAGUCGAAAAAGUGUUGUUAUCAUUGAUGAUGAACCCCUACAGCAAAGUAGCGGCUGUUGUGGAAGUAGUUGA